UCAUUCAUCCACUUCACCGCCGAGGUUACGUCAGUUCGUUUUACUGAUUCGAAGCGGCACCAGAGCCUUUCCCAGCAUACUCCGUUUCUGUCCCGGGCAUAUUCGAUAGACGCCUGUGGAGAUCAGGAUGGCGGACCUAGAGAUGAAGGAGGCCACUGUUGGCUCUUCGAGCAAGGCGAAGUCGACCGGUAAGGCCGCUGACGGCGCUAGCGAUAACAAGAAGAAAUUCGAGGUUAAGAAGUGGAAUGCUGUUGCGUUGUGGGCGUGGGACAUUGUCGUCGACAACUGUGCAAUCUGUCGUAACCAUAUUAUGGAUUUGUGUAUCGAGUGUCAAGCAAACCAAGGCUCGUCAACUACGGAGGAGUGCACUGUUGCAUGGGGGAUUUGCAAUCACGCUUUCCACUUCCACUGCAUAUCCCGAUGGCUGAAGACCCGUCAGGUGUGUCCCUUGGAUAACAGAGACUGGGAGUUCCAAAAAUACGGUCGGUAAACUGGCACAAGUUGGUCAAGAGCUACGUGUCGGCAUGAGAAUGCCUGUCGAUAGGCUGGUGCAACUCGGUGCAGACUACUCGUGUGCUUGUUUUAAGAAGCUCCACGUCUCUUAUCCGAGAGUG